AUGGAUAUGGAGUCCAAAAAAAUAGUGUUCCCAACUUCAUCUGCUGAAGAAGAAGAAGUCACACAAGACGAAGUUGAAGUUUCUGAUAAAGAAAGGGAAGAGGCACCAAAUGCUCCCAAAUCUGAUCGUAAGAGAAAAAAGAAAUCAAUAAAUCUUCCAAAAAGUACAGUAUUCCCUGUUGAAGAGAAUGUAGAAGAAGAAAUAGCAACAACAACAGUAGAAAAAGAAGAAGAAAAUUUGGUUGAAGAAGAUCAAGUUAAGAGCCCAAAAGUUGUGCCCCAAGAAACAGAACCUCCCCAACAGAAAGAGGAAGAAAAUGCAAAGAACAACACUCAGACCAAAAUAGAAACUUCUGCAGAGGGCUCCGAAAAGGAUUUGAAUUUUGAAAGUAUGAAACAAAACAAUUACAUCAUUAGGCCUCUUGAAUCCAAUGAGAAGAAACCCCCUACUUUCCUCGGCCAGAUCUUCACAGAGGAAGAUGUUAUUACAUUGCUUUGUGGUCUCAUCGAAUUUCAGUCUGAGCAUAGAGAAAAGAACAAGACUGAAUUUUAUAUUUUUGUCAAAGACAAGCUUCACAAGGAAUUUACGAAGAUUCAGGUAACUGAAAAACUUCGGGGACUCGAAGAAAAAUAUUUUCGGAACUUGAAGAAAGCUAAGAAGAUAGGUGCUCCCCUAAGUUUCUCUACUCCGCAUGAUGCUAUAGUUUUCGACUUUUCGGAGAAACUUUGGGGAAACAAUGAAAAGACAGUAUUAACAAACAGUAAGAAAUCGAGAAAGAGGACAAGAGUGAAGGGUGAAUCCAAUAAAGAAAAUAAAAGGCUAAUUCUGAAAAAACAGAAAGAAAUUGUCCAGGAUGAACUCAAACCAGAUAUGGAGUCAAGAUAUCCGCUGGUACAUCAUUUUUUUGACAUGAAUAUUGGAGGAGAGAUGCUGAAGAAGAGCUGGAUGUCAAUGGGAAGUGCCAACGCCGGAUACUUCGAGGCUAAAUUGGAAAAACUUCGGAUCGAAGAGGCCAAGCUGUUCCUUGAGAAGUCAAGUUUGAUGUCAGAGAUGGCUGGGGUCAUUUACCAAUAUUUGAAUGAUUAG